AGCGAGGACACGAUGGAGAAGACGAUCUCCCAAUCCUUCGAGCAUUUUAUUGCUCUGCACCCCCAAGCACCAGAAUACAUCUCCCUCUUCAUCGACGACAACCUCAAGCGUGGGCUCAAGGGCAAGACUGAGACGGAGGUGGAGACGGUGCUGGAUAGAACAAUCACGUUGUUCAGGUACUUGAAGGACAAGGAUGUAUUCGAGAAAUACUAUAAGGGCCACCUGGCGAAACGACUUCUGUGGGGAAGAACAGUGAGCGACGACGCUGAGCGCGGAAUGAUUGCGAAGAUGAAGAUGGAAAUGGGAUACAACUUCACGAACAAGUUGGAAGGAAUGUUCAAGGACAUGAGGUUGUCUGCAGAGGUAGUGGACGAGUACAAGAAGCACAUGGAAGGACAGGAGAGGGCGAUUGAGAUGACUCCACAGAUCUUGACGUCAACGCACUGGCCACCGGUGGUAGCACGGGAGACUCAGGACACCUGCAUUUACCCACCAGAGGUCGAAAAGGCACGCCUAUCCUUCCAAGCAUUCUACCUUUCUCGUCACAACGGGCGUAAGCUUGCAUGGUGUCCACACCUUGGUACUGCGGAUAUCCGAGCGGUGUUUACGAACAAGAGACACGAGUUGAACGUGUCUACUUACGCCAUGGUGAUUUUGCUGCAGUUCAACAAUGUGCCACAGUCAGGAAGUCUCUCCUUCCAGGACAUCCAGCAAGCGACGUCUAUCUCCGCCGGCGAGCUUGUCCGUAAUCUGCAAUCACUGGCAUGCGCAAAGUACAAGAUCCUGACAAAGGAACCAAAGGGAAGGAACGUUUCUCCUACCGACCGUUUCUUCUUCAACGAGUCCUUCUCGGCCCCAAUGACCCGCAUCAAGGUCCCAACGAUCGCAGCCUCCAACAAAGUUGAAAACGACGCCGAGCGCCGCGAAACAAUGAAAAAGCUCGACGACGAACGCAAACACGAAGUGGAAGCUGCCAUUGUGCGAAUUAUGAAGUCCCGUAAAACGAUGGACCACAACAACCUCGUCGCCGAGGUCACAAAACAACUGAGUACGCGAUUCAGUCCUAGUCCGAACAUGAUCAAACAGCGUAUCGAGGGAUUGAUUGAGCGGGAUUAUUUGGAGCGGAAGGAAGGUGACCAUAGGGUUUAUAAUUAUCUUGCUUGAGCUUGAGCGGGUUCUUUGGCGUGGCAUGAUUAAUUAGGUUUUCACUGGCAUGAUAUGGUGUUUCGAGCGUUUCUUUUGGAAAUUGUUUGGCGGAUUGGGUUGGGUUCAUGAAAUACGCGUGAUGCAAUACAUCUCAUAUUAGGGUGGCCAUCUAUCGGGUAUCAACAGUGUAACAUGGUGU